GGCGGAGGCAGGGCCGGGCGGGCGGCAGAAGAUGGCGAGGGUGUGUAGGCGGCAGCAAUGCUCCGUUGAGAGACGCGGCUUUCGGCAAGAACUGGAUUCGUGGCGCCACAAGCUCAUUCACUGUGUAGGUCCCGUUUCCCUCUGUGCGGCGGCCGGCGGGACCAUAAGGGCUUAACUCAUAUAUUUAACCCCCCUCCAAAAAGAUUUGAAAGUAUUCUUGAAGGGCUGUUUGGACCUGCAUUAUUAAAAGAUCUCAGUUUAUUUAAAGACUGUGAACCUGAAAGCAUUUCUGAUUGGACUUUUGAUGAAAACUGUUUAUUCUGUUGCUUGAGAAGAGAUAAAGUAAAGGGACACUUAGUCGGUCUGGAUGAACCAGCUUCGGGAGCUGGGCAAGAAGCUCUGCUUAAACAAGAGCAAGCAAAAAUCAUUCGAUUCGAGAGACAAGCAGAAGAAUUCCUCAAUGCAGUCUUUUAUAGAAAAGACAGUCCCUGGGUCUCCGACCCCAAUAUUCCCCUAGUGGCCCGUGAGAUCAUGCAGCGAAUGAUCCAACAAUUUGCUGCUGAAUAUACCUCAAAAAAUAGCUCUACUCAGGACCCCAGCCAGCCCAAUAGCACAAAGAACCAAAGCCUGCCGAAAGCAUCUCCAGUCACCACUUCUCCCACGGCUGCAACUACUCAGAACCCUGUGCUCAGCAAACUUCUCAUGGCUGACCAAGACUCACCUCUGGACCUUACUGUCAGAAAGUCUCAGUCAGAACCUAGCGAACAAGACGGUGUACUUGAUCUGUCCACUAAGAAAAGUCCAUGUGCUGGCAGCACUUCCCUGAGCCACUCUCCAGGCUGCUCCAGUACUCAAGGGAACGGUGAGAACUCAACAGAGGCAAUAGCAGUAGAUUCUAACAAUCAGUCGAAGUCCCCACUGGAGAAGUUUAUGGUCAAGCUGUGUACUCAUCAUCAAAAGCAAUUCAUUCGUGUUCUGAACGACCUGUAUACUGAAUCUCAGCCAGGCACUGAGGACCUGCAGCCUUCUGAUUCUGGAGCAAUGGAUGUAUCCACUUGUAAUGCUAGCUGUGCCCAGCUAAGCACCAAACCUAAGGAAAAAGAUGCUCUGUGUCUCGAUAUGAAGUCUCCUGCUUCUGUAGAUUUGUUUGUAGACUCUCACAGCCCUCUACACUUGACGGAACAGACCCUGAAGGAGCCUCCUCCUGAGACAAACUCUGUAGAUGGAAGAGAGAAUACCCUGACUGUUGUCCAGAAAGAUUCCUCUGAAGUUCCAACCACUAAACCGAAUUCUAUUAAUAGCAGUUCAGUGGAUAGUUUCACUCCGGGAUACCUCACUGCAUCUAAUUCUUCCUCAGUGAACUUCCACCACAUCCCUAAAAGCUUGGAGGGGCAAACCACUGGACAGGAGCAAGACACAAAUGUGAACAUAUGUGCGGAUGGGAAAGACCAUAUGCAGAGUUCAGCUUUAGUAGAAAGUCUAAUUACAGUAAAAAUGGCAGCUGAGAAUAGUGAGGAGGGCAAUACCUGUAUUAUUCCUCCAAGAAAUUCGUUCAAAGCUUUAUCAGAAGAGGCUUGGGACUCAGGGUUUUUGGGGAACUCACCUAGAACUGCAGACAAAGAGAAUACUUUACAGUGUAGCUCAAAAACACCUUUACGCCAGGAUUUAGAGGCAAAUGAACAAGAUGCAAGGCCAAAGCAAGAGAACCAUCUUCACUCGCUGGGAAGAAAUAAGGUGGGUUACCAUUUACAUCCCAGUGAUAAGGGCCAGUUUGAUCAUUCCAAAGAUGGUUGGUUAGGCCCCAGCCCUAUGCCAGCUGUUCACAAAGCGGCAAAUGGACACUCAAGAACUAAGAUGAUAUCAACCUCCAUUAAGACAGCUCGGAAAAGUAAAAGGGCAUCAGGGCUGAGAAUAAAUGAUUAUGAUAACCAGUGUGAUGUUGUUUAUAUCAGUCAGCCAAUAACAGAAUGCCACUUUGAGAAUCAAAAAUCGAUACUAUCUUCUCGGAAAACAGCCAGAAAGAGUACUCGAGGAUACUUUUUCAAUGGUGACUGUUGUGAGCUGCCAACUGUUCGUACACUAGCCAGGAAUUUACACUCCCAGGAAAAAGCAAGCUGCUCAGCGUUGGCAUCAGAGGCAGUUUUCACUCCUAAGAAGAUCCUUGCAACUUCAGCCCCUAGACAUACAGUAGAUGUGCAGCUUCCCAGGGAAGACAACCCUGAAGAACCUAGCAAGGAAAUAACCUCCCCUGAGGAAGGAGGUGGAGAUGUUUCACCUGGAAAAGAACCUCAAGAGCCUGAGGUUUGCCCCGCAGAGAUUAAGCCAAAUCUGAGCAGCUCCCCUAGGUCUGAGGAAACAACAGCCUCCAGCCUGGUGUGGCCUCUCCCUCCUCACCUUCCUGAAGAGGAUCUGCCAGAAGAUGGCUCCACAGUCGCAGCUCCCACAGCAAGCGGGAUGUCUUCUCCUGACCACGACCCACCACCACUUGCACUGCUGGAUACGGAGGAGAUGAGCGUACCCCAGGACUGUCCGCUGCUUCCCUCUACUGAAAGCGUUUCUGGGGGAGGCAGUGACGAUGUCAUUUCUAGGCCUCAUUCUCCUCCUGAAACAGUCAGUAGAGAAGAAAGUCCUCUGUGCUCAGAAAAUCAAAGUUCCCCAGUGUGCUUGGAGCCUCCCCUGAGUCUGGGCAAGGCUGAGGACGACCAAAGCAUCAGUGCUGAGGUUGAGCCUGGGGAUACCCAGGAGCUAGAUGUCGACCCACUCUUGAAGGAAAGCAGCACUUUUACUGAUGAAAAGCCCAGUGAAACUGAGGAAGGUGAGGCAACAGGUGGUACAAGAAAAUUAGAGGGAGCGGAUGGGGAUACAAAAUGCCUGUCAGAAAAAGACACGUGUGAGCCAAGCACUGACCCACUCGAAGAGAAUUUGGACAAGAAGAAAAAAGGUAAAAAAUUCCUCGAGGCCUCUGAUAGGUGCCUAAGAAGUCAACUUCUGGAUUCUUCCUCUACUGACAGAUGCUUAAGAAAUCAAAGUUCAAAUUCUUCCUCAGCUUGUCUUGAAAUCAAGGUUUCUAAAAAUCCUGGUGCAAAACGUUCCAGAAAAGAAGCGCACCCUAGUGGGGCAACACCUGAGGGCCUUCCACCUGCCGCUUUCCACACGGAAGCUCUGGAAGACACAAAAAAGCCAAGUGUCAGCGAACGCCUGCCUGAGAAAGAUGCCGAGCCGGAGGGUGAAAGCGCUGGGGUCAUCACCAGGCAGACUUUGAAAAACAUGCUGGGCAAAGAAGUCAAGGAGUUAGGAGGAGAGAUUUUCCCCAGCAAGGACCCCAUAACCGCAGCUGGACAACCACUGCCUGGAGAGAAACUAGAAAUCUAUGUUCAGUCGAAAACAGACGAGAAGAAUGCUCAUAUCCCCUCAGAACGUAUUCCUUGUAAGAGGGACCCAGCACAGGCAAAAGAAGAGCCAGGGCAUCUUCCCACACAGCAUGCGGAGGAGGCUGUGAAUGAGGCAGACAGAGAAAACACGCAGCAGAAAGAUGAUGACAGUGAUACCCCAUGCAGCUCGCUCGGGUUGUCGAGUAGUGGAAGUGGUGAUGCUGCUAGGCCACCAAAAUUGGUGCCAAGGCCUAAAAGAUUGACCUCUUCAACCUACAACCUAAGACACGCUCAUUCUCUGGGCUCCUUGGAUGCUUCAAAAGCGACUUCAGAAAAGGAGGCUGCACAAGUAAACCCCCCACUGCCGAAGGAAAACAGAGCUUCAGAGAGUGGAGACCCCCUAGGUGAAGAUGAUGUUGACACCGUGGUAGAUGAACAGCCAAAGUUUAUGGAAUGGUGUGCUGAGGAGGAGAACCAAGAGCUUAUUGCCAACUUCAAUGCCCAGUACGUGAAAGUUCAGAAGGGCUGGAUCCAGUUGGAGAAAGAAGGACAGCCCACACCAAGAGCGAGGAACAAAUCAGAUAAGCUGAAGGAGAUUUGGAAAAGCAAGAAAAGGUCACGAAAAUGCAGGGGUGCUUUGGAGGGUCAGAAGUUUUCUCCUGUUCAGAUGCUGUUUAUGACAAAUUUCAAAUUAUCUAAUGUUUGUAAAUGGUUCUUAGAGACAACUGAAACCCGGUCUCUAGUCAUUGUGAAGAAGCUCAAUACUCGUCUUCCAGGAGAUGUUCCCCCUGUCAAGCAUCCACUUCAGAAAUACGCUCCUUCCAGCCUGUAUCCCAGUUCACUGCAGGCUGAACGCUUGAAAAAACACUUGAAGAAAUUUCCUGGAGCUACUCCUGCUAGGAAUAAUUGGAAAACGCAGAAGCUCUGGGCUAAAUUUCGAGAGAAUCCUGACCAGGUGGAGCCAGAGGAUGGCAGUGAUGUCAGCCCCAACCGUAAUUCUGAAGACAGCAUAGAGGAAGUCAAGGAAGAUAGAAACAGCCAUCCUCCAGCCAACCUGCCCACUCCAGCCAGUACUCGGAUUCUUAGAAAAUAUUCCAACAUUCGAGGAAAGCUUAGAGCCCAGCAACGUUUAAUCAAGAAUGAGAAAAUGGAAUACCCAGACGGUCUGGCUGUGGAAAGUAAAACAAGUCGUAAGAGCGUAUGCAUCAACCCUCUGAUGUCUCCCAAGCUUGCCCUGCAAGUAGAUGCAGAUGGGUUUCCCGUUAAGCUCAAGAGUACUGAAGGAAUGAAGGGAAGGAAGGGGAAGCAGGUGUCUGAAAUCUUGCCUAAAGCAGAAGUUCGGAGUAAACGCAAGAGAACAGAAGGCAGCAGCCCUCCUGAUAGUAAGAACAAGGGGCCUGCAGUGAAAGCCAGCAAAGAAAAGCAUGCUGAUGGAGCCACCAAAACCCCUGCCGCCAAGAGGCCAGCUGCAAGGGACAGAAGCAGCCAACUCCCCAAAAAGAUGUCUUUGAAAGAGAAUAAAGGGAAGGUCCCUAAAAAGUCCCCUGGGAAGAGCUGCCCUCCCUCCAGGAAAGAAAAGGAGAAUACAAACAAAAGGCCUAUUGCCUCGGAAACACUGACGAAACCUGCAAAACAGAAGCGGGCAGGUGAAUCCUCUUCAAGGCCCCAGAAAGCCACGAAUAGGAAGCAGACUAGUGGAAAGACUCGGGCCAGACCCCUGACAAAAACCCCAGAGAGCAGUGCAGCUCAGAGGAAGCGAAAGCUGAAGGCAAAGCUGGACUCUUCGCACAGCAAACGGAGGCGGCUGGAUGCAAAGUGAUUGGAAAAUGGUAACCAAGAAUAAAACUGUUCUAUAGAAGUAACCUUUUAUUUUGCAUUAACUAAAUCUGCUUUUAUAAGCUUAUCAAGCCUUUCAAAUUUACAGUUAAUGGAGAACAGCGUGAUUUGAGAUGUCAGAAAAUGCAUCUCAGAUGGAGAAGGGAACUUGCAGAGUCCUUCUCUGAGGCUAAGGGAAGUUAUAUAUUAUAUUCUGGUUGUUCCUUGGGUUUUAAACUUGGAACCAAGCAGUUUUUGUUUUUAAAAGUACAGUGCCUUAUUUAUCCUUUUUGUUUUUAAAUUUACAAAAGCUAAAAAGCUGAUCUAUGUGAUUAAAGGCUUGUAUUUUAUACUUGAUGCACAAGCACUUGCACUGUAGCCGAGAAGACCACCAUCAUGCACAUCAAAGGAGCUUUUCAGCAGCCACCCUGCAGCGUCUGCCCACCAACAGAUACCCCUCUUUGCAAACCCUAGCAGUGAACUUCCCUCUCUGUCUUGUUUGUUUAGAUGAUAUUUGAAAGCUAAACCAAAUCAUUUUUAUGGUAUGCAGAGGUUUUAUAAUUAUUAUAAAAGAUUACUAUUUCUGUUACCCCCUUUUGAAAAA